GUGCAUGAAACAAGAAAAGGUAUAGAAAUUGACAAUUCCAUGUUAACCUGCUAAUUCAACAUUGACUCAGAGCUAGAGAUAUCGGAUCUAUCGAGAGCCAAUCCCUUCAAUCGUUGUAAGUUUUAUUAUUUGUGUAUAUAGCUCUCCAUCAAGGCGGUAUACGUGGCCACCUCUUCCAAGGACUGUUCACGGUCAUACUUCAUACACAGAGAUACUUUUAUAAGGACAGUUCGUCUUUCAAGGAUUCUUAACGCUUACCUUAUAAAUACAGAAACUUAUAAGAAAAGCAGGCAGGAAUAAAGGGUUUACAUAUAGAGUAACCAUGGGCUCCCCCGAACAGGACAGGGACCCGAACGGCAUCAACAUCCACAUACAGGCUGACUUUGAGGACGUGUUUGCGGAGAGUGAUGGUACUCAGAGCUUCGACUGCGUUUGGGAGACAUCACAACAGUGUUUCUCGUGUAGUAAGAACUGCUGUUACAACUUCCUGGCUGUAUUCUGUGGUCUCUGUCUGGCCUUUUUCUGGGGAUUCCAGUUCGCCUGCGUGGCGUUUGAGCACGUGUGGUGUUUAACUCCUGCCAUUAAGAUCUUUGUCAUCAACUGUAGCGCCAUGCAGAAGUGUGUCGGAAAUCUCGUCAGUUGUGUUCUCGCGCCACUUUGCGAGACAUGCGGUCUGAUGUUUUCCAACAUUUCUAUCCAACACACUGGAAGCAAACAAUAACAUUUUAAUAUGGUUCCAUCAGGAUUAAGAAAUCCAGUCAGUCACAGCAAGUCGAACAGCCACUUAUUAAUGAAUAAGUUCAACUACGGCUAUUUAAAUAUGUUUUUUUUAAAUACGCCAAACCUCAAAAUCAGUUCCUUAAAUUGUAUCACUCAUUUGUGAUGAUUACGGGGAUAUUUUUUUUCAGCUAGAGGCUAUCAACACUUCGAAUUUAUCCGUCUAUAUCAAAACGUAGUGAACUAUACAUCAAGUAGGAGUGAUAUAUACAUCAAAUAACAGUGAUAUGUACAUCAAAUAGCAGUGAUAUGUACAUCAAAUAGCAGUAAUACAUCAAAUAGCAGUGACGAGAUAUACAUGUACAUCAAAUAGCAGUGAUAUAUACAUAAAAUAGCGGUGAUAUAUACAUCAAAUAGCGGUGAUGUAUACAUCAAAUAGCGGUGAUAUAUACAUCAAAUAGCGAUGAUAUAUACAUCAAAUAGCGGUGAUACAUCGAAUAGCAGUGACGAUAUAUACAUCAAAUAGCGGUGAUAUAUACAUCAAAUAGCGAUGAUAUAUACAUCAAAUAGCGGUGAUACAUCGAAUAGCAGUGACGAUAUAUACAUCAAAUAGCGGUGAUAUAUACAUCAAAUAGCAGUGAUACAU